UAUGCGAGGCAGUAAGCAGGGGUUGGAAACGAGAAUACGCCAGAACCACUGCCCAAGCCUACUCGAUAUUGACGGUGAUAGUUGCCACCACAUCCACAAUUCUGCAAAGGUUUUUGCAGCUUCUUUCAGCAACCAUCUCGAAAAGCUUUUCAGUGACCUACAUACUGAUCAUCAAUGGGCCACAGACCAGUUGGCAUACCUCAGAGAGAUAUGCCAGUUCAUGAGCAUUCCUUAUUCAGCUCCUAAAAGAUUUGUUCAUCAUCGCUGGCUAUCGGCUUAUGAUGUUGCCAUUAGCACCCAGAGGCUGCUUCCUGCCUACAAGGUCCUAUAUUACGGCUUUAUGGACAAGGAAGACAAGGCCCUCUACAAGGACCCCCUAAAGCAGCUCUUUGCUGACUACAACGUGAGCGAAAAAGCUCAGAUACAGGUUCGGUACUUUCAUGAGGACCUCAGAAAAAAAGGCAUGACGCAGCUGGGAAAAGACCGGAAGAAAAGGGUGAUUCGGAAGGUGUGGCAUGAAGCCACCAUAACUGAGCUGCAACUCAGUGUCUAUACAGGAGUGCUACCAAUCCUUAAGGAGUAUGUAAUGGUGUUCCAGGGCAGUCAGACACUUGUGCAUACACUUCAUGACAAACAGCUGCAAGUUUUCUUGAACUUCCUUGCCUGCUUUGUGAAAUCUGAACACCUGAACCUGAUGCCCAAAACUCUGGCUACCCUGGAGAUCGACAUCAACAAGCUGCUACCUUUGAGGGAGAUGUAUGUGGGGCGGGAGGCUGAUAGAUUUAGAGCGGCACAUCCACAACACCCUGUGAGUACAUCAAAUUGUGUACAGUAAUUAGAGUGAUUAAUGAUUAAUUAGGAGCCUCUGCAGGGUUUGUAUGAUU